UUAGAUUUGCAUUUCACAAAAUUCAAUUCCCUUUAAAUAAUUUUCACCAAAAAUAGAAACACAUUCCCCAUAAAAUAAAAAGAAAAGAUUUAACAUAGCCAUAUCCCAUAUAUUCCAUAUAGUGUGAAAUGGCGAAACCCAUCCAAAAAAAACCUUCAAAUUGCUUCAAAACAUGCGUGACAGCAGCCGCAUCACUUCUCCUCUUCAUCCCAAUGCUAACCUUCGCCGAUCCAUGGCUCCGCCUCCUCUACCCCCGAUCCGACCCGCCCCCCGCCGAAUCGAAGGGUCCGACGUUCUACGACGACCCGGACACGUCAUACACCACUGACAACCCCAUCACAGACUGGGACGAAAAAAGAGGCGCAUGGUUCAAGCAGCACCCCCAAUUCUCCCAAUCGGAGAAUCGGAUAUUCGUCAUCACCGGCUCCCAAUCCUCCCCAUGCUCCAAUCCAUCUGGAGACCAUUUCCUACUCCGAUUCUUCAAAAACAAGGUCGAUUAUUGCAGGAUCAACGGCUACGGGAUUUUUUACAACAACGCUUUUCUCCACCCGAAGAUGCGGUCGUACUGGGCGAAGAUCCCGGUGAUCCGGGCGGCGAUGGUGGCGCACCCGGAGGCGGAGUGGCUGUUCUGGGUGGACUCCGACGCGAUCUUCACAAACAUGGAUUUUAAGGUGCCUUUAGAGAGGUAUAAGGAUCACAACAUGGUGGUGCACGGGUGGGAGGACAUGAUCUACAAGAAGAAGAGCUGGGUGUCGCUGAACGCGGGGGUGUUUCUGAUUAGGAAUUGUCAGUGGUCGAUGGAGUUUCUGGACACGUGGGGGGAGAUGGGGCCGAAGAGCCCGAGGUUUGUGAGAUGGGGGGAGACGUUGCGGGAGACGCUCAAGGAUAAGGCGUUUCCGAAUUCGGAUGAUCAGUCGGCGCUGGUGUAUUUGCUGGUGAAGGGGGGGAGGAGGUGGAGGGAGAAGAUAUACGUGGAGAAUGGGUAUUCGCUGCAUGGGUAUUGGAUUGGGAUAGUGGGGAGGUUUGAGGAGAUGGGGAGGAAGGGGGAGGUGGGGAGGCGGCAUGCGGAGGUGGAGGGGGGGGGGGAGGCGGCGGACGAGAAAGAGAGGUGGCCGUUUGUGACGCAUUUCACGGGGUGUCAGCCGUGUAGUGGGGAGCAUAAUGAGGCGUAUGAAGGGGAUUCGUGUACGGUGGGGAUGGAGAGGGCUCUUAAUUUUGCGGAUAAUCAAGUCUUGAGGAAUUAUGGCUUUGUGCAUCCUGAUUUGGGGAAUGUUUCCAUUGUUACGCCUCUGCCGUUUUACUGAUUAAUUACUGCAUCUACAUAGUACUACCACCAUUUUGCAGUUAAUCUACUUCAAUUUCUGGUUUUGUAUUUGGGUAACAUAGGAUGGGAUUCACAAUCAGGGGUGUGAAAGGGAAUCGGAGAUUUCAGCAGUGAAGUAAUAGAAAGAUUAAAGUUGUAUACAUUUAUUUCACUUUAAAUCAAAGUUUUAUGGUUUUGCUUUGUCUUCACCCAAACAGUGUGUAAACUUGGA